GAAUGGUUGAGCCCAGUCCCCCAGCGUUGCAUCUCCAUGCCAACGGUGAUGUCAGCAUGGUGGGCAUCGGCGUAAAGCAGGAGAAGGAGGAGUCUGGAGGAGAAGGGGGAGGAGCCAAAGCUGAGCCGCACUCCUCUCCUGCCUGUGAUUGGUCAGGACAUCAGCCAAUGGAGAGACCGGAGUCUAGACAGCUGACUCCUCCCCUCUCCCGCUCACCAUCAGUAAGAGAGAAACUCCUCCCAUUUCAUUAUUUUAAUCAAUUAUUUUGUUUAUCUAGGUGUGCUGUUCAACCUGUUAAUCCUGUGGUCCUCUGUAGCUCAAUUGGUAGAGCAUGGCGCUUGUAACGCCAGGGUAGUGGGUUCGAUCCCUGGUUGUAGUAUGCUUAUCAAAGGCAGGCUUGCUACAGUUUGUUAGCUAUAUGAUUGUGAUCUAAACGCACAGACUGACAGACAGUAGGAUUGUCAAGCGUCUGCCGGACGAGAGUACUUAGCAACUCUGAACAGAUUGCCGGCCGUAAUUUGCAAAACAAGCACAAACCGAUUCUGCAUGUAGAAAUGGGCAAAAAUGAUGGCCGGCAGUUACGCACCGGCGGGUGGUCCAUAUAACACACCGCGCUGACAGCAAGCGAACAAAUGGCGAUCGAACGGCCCCCUUCUGUACAGACUGACAAUUGGUCUAGUAAGUUUUCUCCUUAACGCUGUUUUUCCCUGUCCUUGGUAGGAGGGCUCUCCGGGUAAGGAACAGCUUCUCAGACAGAGUCCUGUGGGGAUGAAGGGGGGCAACAGGGGGUACGACCACCGACCAGAGGGACACAUGCACCCCACUGUCAGCGAAGGUAUUGUACACCUCGUCUGCUCCCCAGUGUAAUAUGUUUCUGAUCAUUACAUUGCCCUUUGGAGAUCUCUCCUGAACAUUGAUAGAGUUAAAUGUGAUGGAUUUUCACAGUGCAUCUUAUUAAGACUCUGAGGAGGCUAGAGGAGUUUGCCUUAGCUCUGUGUGCUCAAGUUUGUGUUCCUAUUCAUUGGCUACAGAAUUGCAUUGAAUUUCACAUGGCUGUUUUUCUUAUUUGAGAGAGGUUACACGAAGUACCUUCCUAUUGAAAUCCUUACAAAGUAGUAGACCUUGAGAUUUGUUUUGAACUAUUGAACUGAAUGCAUUGAUUCAAACGCAUGUGCGAGCACACACACACAUACAAACGCACUCACACACUGAUUCAGUCACUCACUCACUCACUCAACAUGCACCACGCCAGACGCAUGCACACACACCAUCUAACUCUGUCUGUUCAUACAAUAUGGCGACUGAACAACAACAUCAACAACAACAAAAAGUAACACACUCAUCCAUAUCCUGUGUCCUGUUGGCAGUCAUGCCCACCAUAGAGAAGCUGCUGAGUGUGGACUGGAGGGAGAAGCUUCUGGACAAAAGCUCCCUGGGAGGCAACCACUUGAAAGGUGAGCUCUCACCCCUUUACCCCUGACCCUUUACCCCUGACCCCUCACCCCUUUACCCCUAACCCCUGACCCCUCAUCUUUACCUCUCACCCCUGACUGGCCCAUCAGUGCUCUGUCUUACUUGUCUCUCUCUGCCUGCCUGCCUGCCUGUCAGUCUCGGCCUGCCUGCCUGUCUCUGCCUACCUGUCAGUCUCUACCUGCCUGCCUGUCUCUGCCUGCAUGUCAGUAUCUGACUGCCUGUCAGUCUCUGCCUGCCUGUCAGUCUCUGCCUGUCAGUCUCUGCCUGCCUGUCUCUGCCUGCCUGUCAGUCUCUGCCUGCCUGCCUGUCUCUGCCUGCCUGCCUGUCUCAGCCUGCCUGCCUGUCUCUGCCUGCCUGUCAGUCUCUGCCUGCCUGCCUGCCUGUCAGUCUCUGCCUGCCUGUCAGUCUCUGCCUGCCUGUCAGUCUCUGCCUGCCUGUCAGUCUCUGCCUGCCUGUCUCUGCCUGCCUGUCAGUCUCUGCCUGCCUGCCUGUCUCAGCCUGCCUGCCUGUCUCUGCCUGCCUGUCAGUCUCUGCCUGCCUGCCUGCCUGUCAGUCUCUGCCUGCCUGUCAGUCUCUGCCUGCCUGCCUGUCUCUGCCUGCCUGUCAGUCUCUGCCUGCCUGCCUGUCUCUGCCUGCCUGUCAGUCUCUGCCUGCCUGCCUGCCUGUCUCUGCCUGCCUGUCAGUCUCUGCCUGCCUGCCUGCCUGCCUGUCUCUGCCUGCCUGUCAGUCUCUGCCUGCCUGCCUGUCUCUAUAUCUAAUUGUCUCUAUGUAUAAUCCUGUUUGUACUCAUCUCUCUCUCUCUAUCCACAGUUUUCAUGCGUGUAAAGUCAUGCUGUAUAAAAAAAAUAAUGACAAGUGUGAUGGAAACAGAAAGUGGCGGUACAAUUUUAUAAAUGUCGACAGACAAUUUGUUCGUUAUGUUGUGUGGUCCUCCCACUGCGACUUGGAAAAGCAUGCACAGUUUAGGCUACAGGAUGGUGAAAGUGCACGUGAUGAGCUUGAUGCUCCUUUCCAAUAAACUCUAGGGUGUUCAUUUGUAUGCUAGUGACACGAUGAUCAGUGCUUAGCUGUCAAUUAACAAAUACAAAUGAUAUUGCUCUAAUCCUGCGCUCUCGCUCUCUCAGGCACUCCAGAGUCUCUGGCAGAGAAGGAGCUGCAGUUGUUGUUGAUGAUCAAUCAGCUGAGUGGUCUGAGGGAGCAGCUGCUGGGAGCCCACUCUGAGCAGAGGAACAUGGCCGCCCUGCUUCUGGAGAAACAACAGCAGCAGAUGGAGCUGGCCAGACAGCAGCAGGAACAGGUGACCCUGACCGCUGACCCCUAAAACACACACUGACCCCUAACCUGGGUUUACCUGGUCUUACCUGAGUGUACCUGGACUAGGCUAUAUGUUUUUAAUGGGCAUGUUCCUCUACCCAGGCGUUGCUGACACAUGCCAGAUCUUAAAACGCCUGGAUAGGUAUUUUGUAGCUAAUCAUAUGUUAUAGCAAUCUGUCAGUCGAUGACGUGGCACCCAACCAUUGGUUGAGGCAUGCAACGUCUGAGCAGGGGAACACAACCAAUGUGUGUGGUUUAUUUCAGAUCGCCAAACAGCAGCAGCAGCUGAUCCAGCAGCAGCACAAAAUCAACCUGCUUCAGCAGCAGAUCCAGGUGAGACCUUUUAUAAAUGAUAUGCUAUUUUUAUAACAUAAUUUUGAAGUAACUUUGGGGUAACUCUGUGUGUGACUGACCUUGUGCCCUCUGUCUGACCUGGUCUCAGCAGGUGAACAUGCCCUACGUGAUGAUCCCAGCCUUCCACCCAAACACCCAGCAACUCUCUGUCACCUCCGACACCCAGAUGACCAUGCCUCUGCAACCAAUCCCCUGCAAGCCAGGUGAGUCACACCCCGCCCCCAACCUCUCUUAGCAAAUCCCCUUGACAGCCAGGUGAGUCACACCCCGCUCCAAACCUCAUUUAGACAAUCCCCUACAAACCAGGGGUGGUCUAAUCUGGCCCGUGGGUGGUUUAAGUAAAACUAUUAUUUAUAUAUAUAUACAGUACCUUCAGAAAGUAUUCCCACCCCUUGACUUAUUCCACAUUUUGUUGUGUUACAGCCUGAAUUUAAAAUAAAUUAAAUUGAGAUUUUUUGUCAUUGGCCUAUUUACAAUAUUCCAUCAUGUCAAAGUGGAAUUAUGUUUUUAUUUUUUAAAAAUAAAUUAAUAAAAAUGAAAAGCUGAAAUGUAUUGAACCCCUUUGUUAUGGCAAGCCUAAAUAAGUUUAGGAGUAAACCUUUGCUUAACAACUCACAUAAGUUCCAUGGACUCACUCUGUGUGCAAUAAUAGUGUUUAACUUGAUUUUUGAAUGACUACCUCAUCUACAGUUGAAGUCGGAAGUUUACAUACACCUUAGCCAAAUACAUUUAAACUCAGUUUUUCACAAUUCCUGACAUUUAAUCCUUUUAGAAAUUCCUUGUUUUAGGUCAGUUAGGAUCACCACUUUAUUUUAAGAAUAUGAAAUGUCAGAAUAAUAGUAGAGAGAAUAAUUUAUUUAAGCUUUUAUUUCUUUCAUCACAUUCCCAGUGGGAAGUUAGUCAGAAGUUUACAUACACUCAAUUAGUAUUUGGUAGCAUUGCCUUCAAAUUGUUUAACUUGGGUCAAACGUUUCGGGUAGCCUUCCACAAGUUUCCCACGAUAAGUUGGGUGAAUUUUGGCCCAUUCCGCCUGACAGAGCUGGUGUAACUGAGUCAGGUUUGUAGGCCUCCUUGCUCACACACGCUUUUUCAGUUCUGCCCACACAUUUUCUAUAGGAUUGAGGUCAUUGCUUUGUGAUGACCACUCCAAUACCUUGACUGUUGUCCUUAAGCCAUUUUUCAACACAACUUUGGAAGAAUGGUUGGGGUCAUUGUCCAUUUGGAAGACUCAUUUGCGACUAAGCCUUAACUUCCUGACUGAUGUCUUGAGUUGUUGCUUCAAUAUAUCCACAUAAUUUUCCUUCCUCGUGAUGCCAUCUAUUUUGUGAAGUGCACCAGUCCCUCCUGCAGCAAAGCACCCCCACAGCAUGAUGCUGCCACUCCCGUGCUUCACGGUUGGGAUGGUUUUCUUCGUUUUGCAAGCCCUCCCCCCUUUUCCCUCCAAACAUAACAAUGGUCAUUAUGGCCAAACAGUUCUAUUUUUGUUUCAUCAGACCAGAGGACAUUUCUCCAAAAAGUAAGAUCUUUGUCCCCAUGUGCAGUUGCAAACUGUAGUCUGGCUUUUUUAUGGCGGUUUUGGAACAAUGGCUUCUUCCUUGCUUCUUCUUCGAUAUAGGACUCGUUUUUACUGAGGAUAUAGAUACUUUUGUACCUGGUUCCUCCAGCAUCUUCACAAGGUCCUUUGCUGUUGUUCUGGGAUUGAUUUGCACUUUUCGCACCAAAGUACGUUAAUCUCUAGGAAACAGAAUGCGUCUCCUUCCUGAGCGGUAUGACGGCCCCAUGGUGUUUAAACCUGCGUACUAUUGUUUGUACAGAUGAACAUGGUACCUUCAGGCGUUUGGAAAUUGCUCCCAAGGAUGAACCAGACUUGUGGAGGUCUACAAUUAUUUUUCUGAGGUCUUGGCUGAUUUCUUUUGAUUUUCCCAUGAUGUCAAGCAAAGAGGCACUGAGUUUGAAGGUAGGCCUUGAAAUGCAUCCACAGGUACACCUCCAAUUGACUCAAAUGAUGUCAAUUAGCCUAUCAGAAGCUUCUAAUGCCAUGACAUCAUUUUCUGGAAUCUUCCAAGCUGUUUAAAGGCACAGUCAACUUAGUGUAUGCGCAUUUCUGACCUCCUGGAAUUGUGAUACAGUGAAAUAAUCUGUCUGUAAACAAUUGUUGGAAAAAUUACUUGUGUUAUGAACAAAGUAGAUGUCCUAACCGACUUGCCAAAACUAUAGUUUGUUAAAAAGAAAUUUGUGGAGUGGUUGAAAAACGAGUUUUAAUGACUCUAACCUAAGUGUAUGUAAACUUCCGACUAGACACUGUAUGUACCCCACACAUACAAUUAUCUGUAAGGUCCCUCACUUGAGUAGUGGAUUGAACCACAAAGACCAGGGAGGUUUUCCAAUGCCUCAUAAAAAUAAAAAAAGCAGACAUUGAAUAUCCCUUUGAGCAUGGUGAAGUUAUUAAUUACACUUUAGAUGGUGUAUCAAUACACCCAGUCACUACAAAGAUACAGGCGUCCUUCUUAACUCAUUUGCCAGAGAGGAAAGAAACUGCUCAGGGAUUUCACCAUGAGGCCAAUGGUGACUAGAAAAACAGUUACAGAGUUUAAUGGAUGUGAUAGGAGAAAACAACUGAGGAUGGAUCAACAACAUUGUAGUUAUUCCACAAUACUAACCUAAUUGACAGAGUGAAAAGAAGGAAGCAUGUACAGAAUAAAAAAUAUUCCAAAAUAUGCAUCCUGUUUGCAACAAGGCACUAAGGUAAUACUGCAAAAAAAAUGUGGGGCAAAUCCAACACAGCACAUGACUGAAUACCACUCUUCAUAUUUAUUUUCAUGGUGGUUUCUGCAAUAUGUUAUGGAUAUGCUUGUCAUCAGCAAGGACUGGGAGUUUUUCAGGAUAAAAACAUACAAAAUGGAGCUAAGCAAAGGCAAAAUCUUAAUGGAAAACCUGGUACAGUCUGCUUUCCAACAGACACUGGGAGACAAAUUCACCUUUCAGCAGGACAAUAACCUAAAACACAAAUCUACACUAGAGUUGAUUAGUAAGACGACAUUGAAUGUUCCUAAAUGGCCUAGUUACAGUUGUGACUUAAAUCUGCUUGAAAAUAUUUGGCAAGACUUGAAAAUGGCUGUCUAGCAAUGAUCAACAACCAACUUAACAGAGCUUGAAGAUUUUUUAAAAAGAAUAAUGGGCAAAUAUUGCACAACCAAAAAAGACUCAAAGCUGUAAACGCUGCCAAAGGUUUUUCUGAAAUGUAAUUACUCGGGGUGAAUACUUAUCAAAUUAAGAUAUAUUCGUUUUAGAUUUUUCAUAAAUCAAAUAAUUUUGUAAGAAUGAUUCUUCCACUUUGACAAUUAAAUACAUGUUAAUAGCACUUUGUAACACAACAAAAUGUGUACAGUGCCUUGCAAAAGUAUUCAUCCCCCUUGGUGUUUUUCCUAUUUUGUUGCAUUACAACCUGUAAUUUAAAUGGAUUUUUAUUUGGAUUUCAUGUAAAGGACAUACACAAAAUAGUCAAAAUUGGUGAAAUGAAAAGAAAAAAAUUACUUGUUUCAUAAAAUUCUACAAAAUAAAUAACGGAAAAGUGGUGCGUGCAUAUGUGUUCAUCCCCUUUGCUAUGAAGCCCCUAAAUAAGAUCUGGUGCAACCAAUUACCUUCAGAAGUCACAUAAUUAGUUAGAUUGCACUCAGGUGGAAUUUAUUUAAGUGUCACAUGAUCUGUCACAUGAUCUCAGUGUAUAUAUACACCUGUUCUGAAAGGCUGCAACACCACUAAGCAAGGGGCACCACCAAGCAAGCGGCACCAUGAAGACCAAGGAGCUCUCCAAACAGGUCAGGGACAAAGUUGUGGAGAAGUACAGAUCAGGGUUGGGUUAUAAAAAAUAUCAGAAACUUUGAACAUCCCACGGAACACCAUUAAAUCCAUUAUUAAAAAAUGGAACGAAUAUGGCACCACAACAAACCUGCCAAGAGAGGGCCGCCCACCAAAACUCACGGACCAGGCAAGGAGGGCAUUAAUCAGAGAGGCAACAAAGAGACCAAAGAUAACCCUGAAGGAGCUGCAAAGCUCCACAGCAGAGAUUGGAGUAUCUGUCCAUAGGACCACUUUAAGCCGUACACUCCAGCUGGGCUGGAGAAAAAAGCCAUUGCUUAAAGAAAUAAAUAAGCAAACAGUUUGGUGGUCGCCAAAAGCCAUGUGGGAGACUCCCCAAACAUAUGGAAGAAGGUACUCUGGUCAGAUGAGACUAAAAUUGAGCUUUUUGGCCAUCAAGGAAAACGCUAUGUCUGGCGCAAACCCAACACCUCUCAUCACCCCGAGAACACCAUCCCCACAGUGAAGCAUAGGGGUGGCAGCAUCAUGCUGUGGAGAUGGCAGGGACUGGGAAACUGGUCAGAAUUGAAGGAAUGAUGGAUGGCGCUAAAUACAGGGAAAUUCUUGAGGGAAACCUUUCAGUCUUCCAGAGAUUUGAGACUGGGACGGAGGUUCACCUUCCAGCAGGACAAUGACCCUAAGCAUACUGCUAAAGCAACACUUGAGUGGUUUAAGGGGAAACAUUUAAAUGUCUUGGAAUGGCCUAGUCAAAGCCCAGACCUCAAUCCAAUUGAGAAUCUUUGGUAUGACUUAAAGAUUGCUAUACACCAAUGGAACCCAUCCAACUUGAAGGAGCUGGAGCAGUUUUGCCUUGAAGAAUGGGCAAAAAUCCCAGUGGCUAGGUGUGCCAAGCUUAGAGACAUACCCCAAGAGACUUUCAGCUGUAAUUGCUGCAAAAGGUGUCUCUACAAAGUAUUGACUUUGGGGGGGGGGGGUGAAUAGUUAUGCACGCUCAAGUUUUCUGUUUUUUUGUCUUAUUUCUUGUUUGUGUCACAAGAAAAAAUAUUUUGCAUCUUCAAAGUGGUAGGCAUGUUGUGUAAAUCAAAUGAUACAAACCCCCAAAAAAUCCAUUUUAAUUCCAGGUAAGGCAACAAAAUAGGAAAACUGUCAAGGGGGGGUGAAUACUUUCGCAAGCCACUGUAUAUACAUCUUUAUUUUUGGGGAGGGGGGUGACGAACUCAAUAUGCUUUAAAAUGACUAAAACCAAUUUGAAACUGUGUAGAAAUGAUAAUGGACCUACAUUCAUACAGUUUCAUGACUGUGUACAGCUCGUUAAUAAUUACCAAAAUGAAAGCUAGACAGUCAGGGAACAUCAGAAAUGAUAGAGGACUAUUUUUUGCUAAUUUUAACGGCAAGGAAAUAUAACACAUUUUCAGUGUGGCCCUCCGGACCUCGUUGAAGACCGAAUGCGGUCCCCAGGGCAAAAUGAGUUUGACACCCUUAGGGUAGACUGAAACAGAUAUGUAUUCCACAGACCAAGUCCCCAAUGCAAUGCUUUCCAAAAAGGAGGGUUGGUUGGGGCCCAUUGGUGGACUGUGACAUGGCUUAGGUUACUCAGUGGUUUAUCAUAAACACUCAAUCCUCUCAUACACUGUGAAAACAAAUAAGUAACGAGCUGACAUCAAGUAAUCGCUGUGGACUUUUAAUGUAUCGUAAAUGUCAAUCGGAACCCCCCCCCAAAAAAAAAACACAUUUGUACAUUUGUCUCCUCUGUUUUGUUUGUCCUGUUGCUAUGAACUGUGUAAGUUGCUAGAGCAACGACCAGACGCCCCUUUCAUAUGGUAUGGUGGUCAGUAACCUUCUCAGUCAAACCCCCUUUUCCCUGCUCAUGCCCUUCAAUGUGUUGUGCAGUCAACAUGAUGGUAGUACAGAUAAUGUUGUCUAAAUGUUGUUUGGAUGUUAUUGAUUUUGUUCCCUUCUGACAGUAAUUGUGAAGCUUUCAUCUCCCCCCGUUUUAUUUAGCAGUGGACUAUCCCAUGCAGCUACUGCAGAACCUUCACUCCACCCCUAUGAAAAGGCCCAGUGGUACCUUCCGACAGGUAGUGAUUUCCAUACAGAUUAUACUGGACAUAUACCUAUACUAUAGUAUACCCUUAUUAUACUAUACUGUACUAUACUAUACAGUGGGGAAAAAAAGUAUUUAGUCAGCCACCAAUUGUGCAAGUUCUCCCACUUAAAAAGAUGAGAGAGGCCUGUAAUUUUCAUCAUAGGUACACGUCAACUAUGACAGACAAAUUGAGAGUUCUUUUUCCAGAAAAUCACAUUGUAGGAUUUCUUAUGAAUUUAUUUGCAAAUUAUGGUGGAAAAUAAGUAUUUGGUCACCUACAAACAAGCAAGAUUUCUGGCUCUCACAGACCUGUAACUUCUUCUUUAAGAGGCUCCUCUGUCCUCCACUCGUUACCUGUAUUAAUGGCACCUGUUUGAACUUGUUAUCAGUAUAAAAGACACCUGUCCACAACCUCAAACAGUCACACUCCAAACUCCACUAUGGCCAAGACCAAAGAGCUGUCAAAGGACACCAGAAACAAAAUUGUAGACCUGCACCAGGCUGGGAAGACUGAAUCUGCAACAGGUAAGCAGCUUGGUUUGAAGAAAUCAACUGUGGGAGCAAUUAUUAGGAAAUGGAAGACAUACAAGACCACUGAUAAUCUCCCUCGAUCUGGGGCUCCACGCAAGAUCUCACCCCGUGGGGUCAAAAUGAUCACAAGAACGGUGAGCAAAAAUCCCAGAACCACACGGGGGGACCUAGUGAAUGACCUGCAGAGAGCUGGGACCAAAGUAACAAAAACUACCAUCAGUAACACACUACGCCGCCAGGGACUCAAAUCCUGCAGUGCCAGACGUGUCCCCCUGCUUAAGCCAGUACAUGUCCAGGCCCGUCUGAAGUUUGCUAGAGUGCGUUUGGAUGAUCCAGAAGAGGAUUGGGAGAAUGUCAUAUGGUCAGAUGAAACCAAAAUAUAACUUUUUGGUAAAAACUCAACUUGUCGUGUUUGGAGGACAAAGAAUGCUGAGUUGCAUCCAAAGAACACCAUACCUACUGUGAAGCAUGGGGGUGGAAACAUCAUGCUUUGGGGCUGUUUUUCUGCAAAGGGUCCAGGACGACUGAACCGUGUAAAGGAAAGAAUUAAUGGGGCCAUGUAACCUCCUUCCAUCAGCAAGGGCUUUGAAGAUGAAACGUGGCUGGGUCUUUCAGCAUGACAAUGAUCCCAAACACACCGCCCGGGCAACGAAGGAGUGGCUUCGUAAGAAGCAUUUCAAGGUCCUGGAGUGGCCUAGCCAGUCUCCAGAUCUCAACCCCAUAGAAAAUAUUUGGAGGGAGUUGAAAGUCCGUGUUGCCCAGCGACAGCCCCAAAACAUCACUGCUCUAGAGGAGAUCUGCAUGGAGGAAUGGGCCAAAAUACCAGCAACAGUGUGUGAAAACCUUGUGAAGACUUACAGAAAACGUUUGACCUGUGUCAUUGCCAACAAAGGGUAUAUAACAAAGUAUUGAGAAACUUUUGUUAUUGACCAAAUACUUAUUUUCCACCAUAAUUUGCAAAUAAAUUCAUUAAAAAUCCUACAAUGUGAUUUUCUGGAGAAAAAAAAUCUUAUUUUGUCUGUCAUAGUUGACGUGUACCUAUGAUGAAAAUUACAGGCCUCUCUCAUCUUUUUAAGUGGGAGAACUUGCACAAUUGGUGGCUGACUAAAUACUUUUUUUCCCCACUGUAUACUGGUCCUUUGUAGCUCAGUUGGUAGAGCAUGGCUCUUGUAACGCCAGGGUAGUGGGUUUGAUUCCCGGGACCACCCAUACGUAAAAUGAAGACACGCAUGACUGUAAGACGCUUUGUAUAAAAGCGUCUGCUAAAUGGCAUAUAUUAUUUUAUCACUAUACACUAUACUGUACACUAUACACUACACUAUACUGUAUACUAUACUGUAUACUAUACACCAUACUGUAAACUAUACACUGGUACGGGUCCCCCUUCACCCUCUGGUGGUAUGGAGAAAAUGCCGCCGAAGAAGAUGGCAGCCGUUUUACAGCCCUCUAACCAAUUGUACUAUUAUGUAAGUUUUUUCGCAUUAUUUGUCAUUUAUUAUGUACAUAAUGUUUCUGCCACCGUCUCUUAUGACCAAAAAGAGCUUCUGGAUAUCAGGACAGCGAUUACUCACCUCGUAUUGGACAAAGAGUUUUUCUUCAACGAAUCGGACGCGAAGGUUAUCCUACAGACACCCAACAAGGCCCAAAUCCCUGUCAUUCGCAUGAGAAAGUGACGGCGAUAUCGUGGACGUAGGUCGGGGUGCCUUGUAAGGAUCCGACGGCGAGCGAGUAAACUGCCUCUUCUAUCAAUCCUAUUAGCCAAUGUUUAAUCAUUGGAAAAUAAAUUAGACGACCUAAGAUUACGGUUAUCCUACCAACGGGACAUUAAAAACUGUAAUAUCUUAUGUUUCACCGAGUCGUGGCUGAACGACGACAUGGAGAAGAUACAGCUGGCGGGAUAUACGCUACAUCGGCAGGAUAGAACGGCUGACUCCGGUAAGACAAGGGGUGGCGGUCUGUGUAUAUUUGUGAACAACAGCUGGUGCAUAAAAUCUAAUACUAAGUAAGUCUCAAGGUUUUACUCGUCUGAGGUAGAGUAUCUCAUGGUAAGCUGUAUACCACACUAUUUACCAAGAGAGUUUUCAUCUAUAUUUUUCGUAGCUGUCUAUUUACCACCACAAACCGAUGCAGGCGCUAAGAUUGCACUCAAUGAGCUGUAUAAGGACAUAAGUAAACAGGAAAACGCUCAUCCAGAGGCAGCGCUCCUAGUGGCCGGGGACUUUAAUGCUGGGAAACUUAAAUCCGUUCUACCUAAUUUCUACCAGCAUGUUAAAUGUGCAACCACAGGGAAAAAAACUCUAGACCACCUUUACUCUACACACAGAGACACGUACAAAGCUCUCCCUUGCCCUCCAUUUGGCAAAUCUGACCAUAACUCUAUCCUCCUGAUUCCUGCUUAUAAGCAAAAACUAAAGCAGGAAGCACCAGUGACUCGGUUAAUAAGGAAGUGGUCAGAUGACGCAGAUGCUAAGCUACUGGACUGUUUUGCUAGCACAAACUGGAAUAUGUUCCGGGAUUCUUCCGAUAGCAUUGAGGAGUACACCACAUCAGUCACUGGCUUCAUCAAUAAGUGCAUCGAUGACGUCGUCCCCACAGUGACCGUACGUACAUACCCCAACCAGAAGCCAUGGAUUACAGGCAACAUCCGCACUGAGCUAAAGGGUAGAGCUGCCACCUUCAAGGAGCGGGACUCUAACCCGGAAGCUUAUAAGAAAUCCCGCUAUGCCCUCCGACGAGCCAUCAAACAGGCAAAGAGUCAAUACAGGACUAAGAUUAAAUCGUACUACACUGGCUCUGACGCUCGUCGGAUGUGGCAGGGCUUGCAAACUAUUACAGACUACAAAGGGAAGCACAGCCGCGAGCUGCCCAGUGACACAAGCCUACCAGACGAGCUAAAUCACUUCUAUGCUCGCUUCGAGGCAAGCAACACUGAAGCAUGCAUGAGAGCAUCAGCUGUUCCAGAUGACUAUGUGAUCAAGCUCUCUGGAGCUGAUGUGAGUAAGACUUUUAAGCAGGUCAACAUUCACAAGGCCACAGGGCCAGACGGAUUACCAGGACGUGUACUCCGAGCAUGCGCUGACCAACUGGCAAGUGUCUUCACUGACAUUUUCAACAUGUCCCUGACUGAGUCUGUAAUACCAACAUGUUUCAAGCAGACCAUAGUCCCUGUGCCCAAGAACACUAAGAUAACCUGCCUAAAUGACUACCGACCCGUAGCACUCAUGUCUGUAGCCAUGAAGUGCUUUGAAAGGCUGGUCAUGGCUCACAUCAACACCAUUAUCCCAUUACCCCCAGACCCACUCCAAUUUGCAUACCGCCCCAACAGAUCCACAGAUGAUGCAAUCUCUAUUGCACUCCACACUGCCCUUUCCCACCUGGACAAGAGGAACACCUACGUGAGAAUGCUAUUCAUUGACUACAGCUCAGCGUUCAACACCAUAGAGCCCUCAAAGCUCAUCAUUAAGCUAAGGACCCUGGGACUAAACACCUCCCUCUGCAACUGUAUCCUGGACUUCCUGACGGGCCGCCCCCAGGUGGUAAGGGUAGGUAAUAACACAUCUGCCACGCUGAUCCUCAACACGGGGGCCCCUGAGGGGUGCGUGCUCAGUCACCUCCUGUACUCCCUGUUCACCCAUGACUGCAUGGCCAGGCACGACUCUAACACCAUCAUUAUGUUUGCCGACGACACAACAGUGGUAGGCCUGAUCACCGACAAUGAUGAGACAGCCUAUAGGGAGGAGGUCAGAGACCUGGCCGUGUGGUGCCAGGAUAACAACCUCUCCCUCAACGUGCUCAAGACAAAGGAGAUGAUUGUGGACUAAGCACGCCCCCAUUCUCAUCGACGGGGCUGUAGUAGAACAGGUUGAGAGCUUCAAGUUCCUUGGUGUCCACAUCACCAACAAACUAUCAUGGUCCAAACACACCAAGACAGUCGUGAAGAGGACACGACAAAGCCUAUUCCCCCUCAGGAGACUGAAAAUAUUUGGCAUGGGUCCUCAGAUCCUCAAAAAGUUCUACAGCUGCACCAUCGAGAGCAUCCUGACUGGUUGCAUCACCGCCUGGUAUGGCAACUGCUCGGCCUCCGACCGCAAGGCACUACAGAGGGUAGUGCGUACGGCCCAGUACAUCACUGGGGCCAAGCUUCCUGCCAUCCUGGACCUCUAUACCAGGCGGUAUCAGAGGAAGGCCUUAAAAAUGAUCAAAGACUCACCGGUGCCCCCGCACAUUGACUCUGUACCGGUACCCCCUGUAUAUAACCUCCCUACUGUUAUUUUAUUUAUUUUAUUUUUUUCUUAACUGCAUUGUUGGUUAUGGGCUUGUAAGUAAGCAUUUCACUGUAAUGUCUACACCUGUUGUAUUCGGUGCAUGAUUUAUACACACACUAUACUGUAUACUAUAAUGUACUCUAUACUAUACUGUACACUAUACACUACACUAUACACCAUACUAUACACUACACUAUACUACAAUCUGGGUGGUUCGAGCCGUGAAUGCUGAUUGGCUGACAGCCAUGGUAUAUCAGACCGUAUACCACGGGUAUGACAAAACAUUUAUUUUUACUGCUCUAAUUACGUUGGUGUCCUAAAUAUUUCAAAAACUAAAAGCAUUGUAUUUGGGACAAAUCGUUCAGUAAACCCUAAACCUCAACUAAAUCUUGUAAUGAAUAAUGUGGAAAUUGAGCAAGUUGAGGAGACUAAACUGCUAGGAGUAACCCUGGAUUGUAAACUGUCAUGGUCAAAACAUAUUGAUACAACAGUAGCUAGGAUGGGGAGAAGUCUGUCCAUAAUAAAGGGCUGCUCUGCAUUCUUAACAGCACUAUCAACAAGGCAGGUCCUACAGGCCCUAGAUCACAAUCGUGUGAUCAGGUGACACAAAGAGGGACUUAGGAAAAUUGCAAUUGGCUCAGAACAGGGCAGCACGGCUGGCCCUUGGAUGUACACAGAGAGCUAACAUUAAUAAUAUGCAUGUCAAUCUCUCCUGGCUCAAAGUGGAGGAGAGAUUGACUUCAUCACUACUUGUAUUUGUGAGAGGUAUUGACAUGAUGAAUGCACCUAGCUGUCUGUUUGAACUACUUGCACACAGCUUGGACACCCAUGUAUACCUCACAAGACAUGCCACCAGAGGUUUCUUCACAGUCCCCAAGUCCAGAACAGACUAUGGGAGGUGCACAGUACUACAUAGAGCCAUGACUACAUGGAACUCUAGUCCACAUCAAGUAACUCAUGCCAGCAGUCAAAUUAGAUUUAAAAAAACCCUGAUAAAAAUACACCUUAUGGAACAGCGGGGACUGUGAAGCAACACAAACAUAGACACAUGCAUACAAACACACGAUAAUAUGAUUUACGCUUAAGAAGCUAGCUCUGUUAAGACAGUUACAGGCUAGGAGAUCUCUUUGAAAACACUGUCAAAACAAUGCACUCCAAAUUAACAAUGGAUGUUUCUGGUAUACCACACCCCAUUCACAAUUGUGUGCACAAUGCAUGCUCUGUCUGCACUGUUGGUUCUCAAGUGGAAAAGGGCAUCACAUAAAUCACUAAACAGAAGAAAGAGAGGACAGAGAGAAAGAACAGACAAAAUAAAGAUUAGAUUAAAGAAAUCCUACAGAGGUGUGAGAUGCCAAAUCUGUCAUGCAUAACCCGAACACAUACACACCCACCUCAUACCUGGGUGUAUGUGUUUGUUGUAUUGACAUGGAUGAGAACUGUACGUUGAGUGUGUGUGUGUGUGUGUUAUAUUUACACAGUGUAUAAAUAUAAGCAGUGUAUUUUAAGCAGUAUGCAGUGUAUUGUGUUUGUGUGUUUCUGUGUUGUGCUGACACACCCCUGAUGGUCUAGUCUUUUGUCUCUCAUCCCCUUAGGAAGCCAGCCAGCCUCUGAACCUAACCUCCAAGCCCAAGGGGAUGGACAUGGGGAAGAGCCCCAGCCCGCAUGCCUUUGAGCUGGGCACAUUGACACUGCAGGGGGGGUACAGACCCAGGGACAACCAUAGAGACAGCCCCUCACGACCCUCACUUAACCUGGGUCAGUCUGCACACACGCACAUAAAUGCUACACACACAUAACACCUACAUACCUCCUUCCAUUCAUUACAUUCCUUACCUUCAGGCAUGUUGAAACUCUGUGUGUGUGUGUGUGUGUGUGUGUGUGUGUGUGUGUGUGUAUGUGUGAGCCUGUUCCCCCUUUGACUUUAGGACUUAGACUCGCUGAUAGAGCAUAUCACCCCCCUCCUGUCUCUCCCUCUGACGCAAUAAGAGUACUCUGUUAUCUUGACUCUCUUUUAUAUUAACAUUUGCAACGCUUUGUUGGUGCCCUGCCCAUCUGAGCGUCUUCUCUCUCUCCUCCUUCUCUCUCUCUGCAGGAUUUCUGGGAGAGGGGGAUGUGGUGACCCAGGCCAUCCAUGAUGCCCAGCAGCUGCUGCGGAGACAUGGGCCGGGCGGAAGAGAGCGCGAGCGAGAGAGAGACAGCACUGCCAGAAUGGUAAGCCAUUGUCCAAAGACACGCAUACACUCUCAGACCCCUGUCCUUGUCGGUCUCUCUUUAUGGAGGAGUGUGUAACCUCCUCUAAACACCCAUCACACACAAACACAGACAGACUGGCAGGCUGAGGGUUGUGGCUGGGUUCAGGGCCAGGGUACAGCCACUCGUCUCACAGUGGCUGUUAUAGACUGGAGAAUGUCUCAGCUACACACACACACACACACACACACACACACACACACACACACACACACACACACACACACACACACACACACCCUGAGAAUGUCUCAGCCAUGUCCUCCAGCAGGAACAACAGCUGCUGUAAACUCACAACAGUGCUCUUAGAACACCAUGGUGAUGACUCACCUUUCUCCUUUGUCAACUGUAAUACACCGCUCCCCUCCUCUCCCCCUUCUCUCUGCCUUCUCUCUUUCCUCCACCCCUCUUCCUCCUCUCCUUUCCAGAGACAUAGAAACAGAGUUCGGCCAAGUGUGGUUUAAAUGUAGACUUUUCAUGGACCAUUCUUCAGCAGUGACAAUGUCAUUGUUGUGGAGCAUAUGGUGCCAUCAUAGGGGAGAGUCCUUGUCACCCUCAUUUCUUUCACCCCUCAUCUCCUCCCCUUUUCAGGGCCAUGAACACAAUUCUCUCCUCCUCAUCACUCUAUUAUUUCCUGCCUUUGCAUUUACAGACCUGCCUUUUAAAGGUCCCUAACAGUCAUUCUGAUUCCCAUGUAAAAUAGCCUUUUGGAGCGACUAAAAUACCACCCAUAAUAUUUUAUUUGGAUAGAAAUGUUUUUGUUUGUUGAGAAAGUAAUUUGUAUUUCAUGGCUAACUACCAGGAAGUUUGAAAAGACAGGCUGAGUGUGCUGGGAACACAUAUUCAUGAGCUCGCCUUGACUGACAGUUCUUUGAAACGCCUAUGUCAAGCAACUUGGAUGCAGUGAUGCAGUAAAAUCAUCUCAAGCAUAUUUGGUGAUACACAAAGCAACUCAAACAACAUUGAAAUUGCAUCAAAAAAAUGUUUUAAUCUCCCGUGUGAUACGGUUCACGGCAGCACUGACGGAUGUGUUGAUAUGACAACUGCGUCAGAGUUUUGAACGACCCUUCCCCCCCUUUUGUUCCAUGCUGGCUGAAGACCUAGCUAGCCAGUAACUAGCUAACACCAGACACAUAUGAAAGGGGAAACAUAUAAGGAUCUUUGCUAUAGAUGAAUAGUGUAAACUUUUAAUUAUAUUUACUGACACCAUACAGUCAAAUUUUGGCACCAAUAGAGUAGCUAUUUAGCUAUAUAAACCACGCACCUCUGCAAACACGUCUUCUCUGAUGUUGGUUACAAUGCAGUACUUGUUUAAAUUAGGAAAGAGAAUAUCAUAUUACCAAUGGUGUAUUAAAAUGAGAGUUGGGGUGAUGUCACCCUAUCCCCUUACUAAUCCCGCCUCCUAAAGUCAAGUGUUUGACAUGGGGGACCAGUAACGUUAUGAUCAAACUUUAUCAAUGUAGAAGCAACAGUCAUUUUUCAUACUUUUGUCAUCAUACUUUGAUCUGGUGUCAUCCAAAUAUCAUCAAAUUUCAUGUAAAACAUGAUUUUGACUGUUCAUGACCUUUAAACACCAGCUGCUAUGUGAGGCAUCUCCCUGCUCGGCCAUAAAUAGUGCUGUUAAGCACACACACACACACACUCACUCACUCACUCACUGACCCAGGUUUGUGAGACAAAAGCAAUGUCGCAAAAAAAUUAUUGCGACAUGUGUAAUGGAAACGGCAGAUAUAGGAUAAUUUUUUCAAAGAUAGACAAGAUUUUUAUUCAUUCAACAGGGGUGGAUUUUUAUUUUCUCUAACUUUCUUUAUUGCGACAAAUGAUGAUGGAAACUGUAUUUUUAUAAUAAAUAAUGAUUGCCGAAUGAUUUUGAAGGUAGCUUACCGCCUUGUAACCAACAUCGAAGAAGGUGUGUUUGCAGAGGGACGUGGUUUAUAUAGUACGUGAUCAAAAUCUAUUUUUUCAACUAUAAAAAGUGUGUUUAAGAUUCUUCAAGCUCUGUCAAGUUGGUUGUUGAUAAUUGCUAUACAGCCUUUUUUAAGUCUUGCCACAGAUUUUUUAAGUCAAAACUGUAACUUGACCACUCGAGAACAUUCAAUGUCGUCUUGGUAAGCAACUCCAGUGUAUAUUUGGCCAUGUUUUUUAGGUUAUUGUCCUGCUGAAAUGUGAAUUUGUCUCCCAGUGUCUGUUGGAAAGCAGACUGAACCAGGUUUAGCUCUAUUCCGUUUGACAAGCAUACCCAUAAUAUGAUGCAGCCACCACCAUGCUUGAAAAUAUGAAGUGGUACUCAGCGAUGUGUUGUGUUGGAUUUGCCCCAAACAUAACGCUUUGUAUUCAGGACAUAAAGUUAAUUUCUUUGCCACAUUUUUGGCAGUUUUACUUUAGUGCCUUAUUGCAAACAGGAUGCAUGUUUUGGAAUAUUUAUAUUCUGUACAGGCUUCCUUCUUUUCACUCUGUCAUUUAGGUUAGUAUUGUGGAGUAACCACAAUGUUGUUGAUCCAUUCUCAGUUUUCUCCUAUCACAGCCAUUAAACUCUGUAACUGUUUUAAAGUCACCAUUGGCCUCAUGGUGAAAUCCCAGACCGGUUUCAUUCCUCUCUGUCAACUGAGUUAGGAAGGACACCUGUAUCUUUGUAGUGACUGGGUGUAUUGAUACACCAUCCAAAGUGUAAUUAAUAACUUCACCAUGCUCAAAGGGAUAUUCAAUGUCUGUUUUUUUGUUUUUUUACCCAUCUAAUAGGUACCCUUCUUUGCGAAGUAUUGGAAAACCUCCCUGGUCUUAUCUGUUUUGAAAUUCACUGCUCGACUGAGUCACAGUUAAUAGUAUGUGUGGGGUACAGUGAUGAGGUAGUCAUUUAAAAAUAAUGUUAAACACUAUUAUUGCACACAGUGAGUCCAUGCAACUUAUUAUGUGAGGAAGGAUGCACAACUGAAUGCAUUCAACCGUAAUUUUACAUUUUACAUUUUAGUCAUUUAGCAGACGCUCUUAUCCAGAGCGACUUACAGUUAGUGAGUGCAUUUUCAUACUAGCCCCCCGUGGGAAACGAACCCACAACCCUGGCGUUGCUCUACCAACUGAGCUACAGGGUGUCUUCCACAUUUAACCCAACCCCUCUGAAUGAGAGAGGUGCGGGGGAGCUGCCUUAAUCAACACCUGGCGAGCAGUUGUUGUUGGGGGAUAACCGCCUUGCUCAAGGGGAGAAAGGCAGGUUUUUCCCACCUUGCCGCUUCAGGGAUUCAAACUAGCGACCUUUCGGUUACUGGCCCAAUGCUCUUAACCGCUAGGCUACCUGCCGCCCUGGGUGACUUGUUAAGCACAUUUUUACUAGUGAACUUAUUUAGGCUUGCCAUAGCAAAGGGGUUGAAUACUUAUUGACAUAAGACAUUUCAGCUUUUUUAAUGAUAGUAAAAAUGUCAAAAAACAUAAUUCUACUUUGACAUUAUGAGAUAUUGUGUGUAUGCCAGUGACACAAAAUCUCAUUUUAAAUUCAGGCUGUAACACAACAAAAUGAAAAAAGUCAAGGGGGUGAAUACUUUCUGAAGGCACUGUAGGUGAGGGCAUACAGGCUUUUUAUUAAUGCGCAAUUUGCCUAAAAGGGUAAUGGAAACACUUCAACCAUUUCAUUUUUAUUUGACACUGUAUGUUGUUGUUUUUUGGUGUGACGUCAUUAUGUCCAGCUUUUUUUUAUUGAAACAAGAUAGUUAAAUGGAAACGCACCAUAGCAGGCAAUAUUGUCACAUUUAUUUUCUAUGCGCACUUUCUAAAUGUCGACAAAAAGUCACUGGACAAGUUAAUGGAAACAUAGCUACUCACGCACGCACACACAUACACACAGAUAAUGUUAAAUGCUCUCUUCAGGCCUGUUUAACUGCAGCAACAUUCAAAUCCCAUCCUUCUUCUGUUUACCUAAGUGUUAAGGUGUAGGCCUGUGUGUGUCAGAUGGGUGUGUGUAACUCUCUCUGUCUCUGUGUAGGAGUAUAAGGUGGCUGGACACAGCAACAGGCUGCCACACCCAGACCGUGGGGAGGAUGGACAGACCCUCCAAACCAACGAGGACCACCACAGCAGCGACUCUGAGGGUAGGCCGAUUUCAUCUUUAAAUUAUUUUCUCCUGUCUUUGUUAGUUAUUAUUUUGUGUGUGAAGCACUUCGUUAACUUGUAUUGAAAGCACUAUACAAAUAAAGUUAUUAUUAUUAGGCCCCCCAACACUACCUGAUCAAAAAUAACACAUGGUUUAGAUGGUAGUGGGCAAGCAUCACAGUAGUCUAGAGAGGUUUAAUUUCCUCGUCUCCUCCUUUACACUGAUCUGAAAACACAAAACCCAGAGCAGGUGAAUACAACAUGGAUGAUGCUUGUCCGGUAUUUGUUUUCACCUUUCCUAUUGUUUUACCAGUGAAGUUGAGGGAAAGUAGAUGUUUUGUUGGCCACUGACUGGCUGUCCCACCAUCCUCUUCCCCUCCUGCAGGCCCCCUAUCUGCUCCUAGUGUGGGGGUGUUCGCGGAGGUUCGCGGCCCCCCCUCCUCCGUCCACAUCAAGAGGCCCAUGAACGCCUUCAUGGUCUGGGCCAAAGACGAGAGGCGACGUAUACUACAGGCCUUCCCUGACAUGCACAACUCCUCCAUCAGCAAGAUACUGGGUGAGUCCACACACACACAUGCACACACACAGGGGGACAUAAAGCAUGCACAAAUUGCUCCUUUGGGAUUAAUGACACGUCAAUCAAUGUGCACUGUAAGUGUUUCUGUGUCACCUGCUGUAGUCCUGGCACAGUAGGGCAUGCGAGGCCACGAUCUGCCACCUGCUUCCCCUGGAGACAGGAACCUCCUACCACUCCCCCCCCCCCCCCCCGUCCGUCCGUCCGUCCACACACACACACUGCCCCGCACCCCUUUCCUCUGACCAAACACUCACAUUCCAUUCCAUUCCAUUGUGGAGCGCUGGAGACACUCAAGCUAUUGCUCCCUCCCUCCUCAUCUAACAUAGCCAACCCCUUUCUCUGUAGGUCACUGGAAGUCUAUGUCCAACUAGGAGAAGCAGAUGUACUCUUUCACACACAAAGUCCUCUGUUCUUUAGUCUGACAUUGUCUCCCUCCCUCCAGGAACUAGAUGGAAGUCUAUGUCUAACCAGGAGAAGCAGCCCUACUAUGAGGAGCAGGCCAGGCUGAGCCGACAGCACCUGGAGCGUUACCCCGACUACAAGUACAAGCCCCGCCCCAAACGCACCUGCAUCGUGGAGGGACGGAGACUCAGGGUGGGCGAGUACAAAGCCAUGAUGAAGAACCGGAGACAGGAGCAGAGGGGGCCAUACCCACACAGGUAACACACUGAUGUUCUGUUAGUGUGGCCCUGACCGUGAAGAGAACCAGAGUUGCUAUUAUCCAGAGAGCUCUUAGUGAAAUUAAACAAUAAACUCUCUUCCCUUCCCACAUGCUUUUUCUGUAAGAACACAAACAAACCCACUGUGGUUAAAUAGAAGUGCAGGGCUACAGCUGGUUAUGUUAGUCUCUCAUAGUGAAUAAAACUCUACUCUAUUGUUCUAUAUGACUGUAAAAUUGUACUUGAGUAGCAGCAGCUUUUAGUGGUUUGUUAACAGUCCUCUUCUCUGGGUAUGGACUUGUCCUGAGACAUGGUGGUAGACUCCUACAUACAGCCAUGUCUCAGGGCAAACACCUAUCCAGUCUUUUCAGAUUUAGACAAUGAUUUGGGCGUACGUUACACCACCAAUGUCCCAUCUCUUCCUGUCUUUCAGCCAAUCAGAGCCGCAGCAGCUGCACUACGCCCCCGGCGAGGGCCAAUACCCAGGUGGCGGUGGGGCAGUCUCCAUGCCAACGGUGCCAUUCCACCCCGCGCUAUUGGAGCACUACCUGCCGCGAGGGCUGGAGGCUCCGCCUAUUUGCAGACCUGAGGGACAGGCCACGCCCACUCCUCUCCCCAGAGAGAGGGAGAAAGAGAGACCGCCGUACAGUGAGGGGGAGGAGAGCGACAGAGGAGAGAGAAGUGAGGGAGAGCUAGUGCUCCUCACUGACUGA